CCUCUGUCCACGUCCUCUACCCGCACCUAUAGCAGGGUCCAUCGUCUGCAAGCCCCCUUGUCGAAUUUCCACUCGGAUCUUACUGCGACUGCACGACAGCUUUCGCCGUAAACACCACAAGGCCGGCUUUGCCACUCUCCCCUGCACACCGACCAUGAUGCGCGCCGCGAUCAGGCUCUACGAGCACCCGGACUUUGAUCUCCCACAACCGUCCUCUGCGAAGCAGCAGCCGGCGAAACUCGCCGUGACGGGGCUGGUGGCGCUCGUAUCGGCUACGGCCGCGGCAGUAUACUACGUGACGCGGAGUCCGACGGUCCAGGAGACGUUACAGAUCCACGAUCCGUCGUCCGUGCAAUGAUCGUCAUCGGAAGCGUCUGAGCAUCCAACUGCUCUGAAGCACAUCACUAUCCCCGCUCGUUGUCUCAUCACGACAGCGGCGCUAUAUUACAUCAAGAUCCUUUUCAGGGAAGGACCCACCUGCAGGGAAUGCAGCAUGUGGUCGCGUGUACGAAAGCUGAGAGCGAGAUGUCUCGGCGCAGAUUUCGAGUUUCGACAGGGGUGUUUCCUCUUCGCAUAUAUGUCCAAUAUCCUCUUCGAUAUCGCCUUUUGACAUCCCACCAUGCACUGUAUACUAUUCACGCACGCUUAUGUUGUCCGCUGGGGCUCUGUAUAUUUAUGUACUUUCUAGGUUCGCAUACUCGGUCUUGUACAUUAUCAUUGGAAUCGGGACAUAUGUCUUAUGAA